UUCAUGGCAGAAUAAAAGAUUCUUUUAAUUACUUAAUUAUAUUUCCAUUUUUUAACUCAUGAAAUUCAUCCAUUUUAGCUGUCCACCUAUCAUCUUCAAGAACACAUUAAACCCUACUCUUAUAAUGUGUUGUGCUCUCCUCAUUCUCUCUUGUUUCUCGUGAACACUUCUUCUUCCUCCUUCUUCACCCCUUUCUCACAUAUUUUCUCAUCCUUAAUAUCUUUUGAAAAAUGGAAACACCAGAUUAUUUUCAUGGUGGAUACUAUAGAAACACUCAUCAUAAUCACAACACACCAGAGAUUACAAGACAUGAUUCUUCCUCAUUUAAACUUGCUGGUGGUUGUGCUCAUGAGCAUUUUGUUAUUGAUGAUCUUCUUGAUUUCUCUAACGCAGAAGUAGAAGGAGGAGGAAAUACUUUCGAUAUUAAUAAUACUGCUGGGAAUUCUACUGAUUCUAAUUCUGCUGUUACUGCUGUUGAUAGCUGUAAUUCAUCCUUUUCUGGUUAUAAUGAUAAUCAUUUACGCAAUUUCCCUGAACAUCCUCAGUUCUCUAAUGAUCUUUGCGUCCCUCCGUAUGAUGAAUUGGUGGAACUGGAAUGGCUGUCGAACAUAGGAGAAGAAACCUUCUCAACAGAAGAUCUUGCAAAACUUCAAUUGAUAUCAGGAAUGCAAGCAAGAACAAACUCAGAAUCAGAAACUCAUCAUCGUGGAGAAUACCAAGCUGAAAACAAUCGAAACAACCAGACGUUUCGUCCGGAAAUGCAAGUUCCUGGAAAAGCUCGUAGUAAGCGAAACCGGGCAGUGCCAUCAAACUGGUCAUCUCGUUUGCUAGUAUUAUCACCAACAACCUCUUCAUCGGAAUCCGAUAUUAACCUAUCCAAUAAUUCCUCAGGAAAAUCAACACCAAAAUCUUCUUCGAAGAAAAAAGAUGUUAUUUCUUCGUCCGCUUCGAAUUAUCACGAGGACCGUCAUCAACAACUUACUCACCAACAUCACCAGAAUAUGAUGGCUGCAAACAAUAGCGAUGGUCGAAAAUGCCUUCAUUGUCAAACCGACAAAACCCCGCAAUGGCGUACCGGACCAAUGGGUCCGAAAACAUUGUGUAAUGCUUGUGGGGUUCGAUACAAGUCGGGCCGGUUAGUUCCUGAAUAUCGCCCCGCUGCUAGUCCUACUUUUGUUCUAACUCAACAUUCCAAUUCUCAUAGGAAGGUUCUUGAACUUCGGCGACAAAAGGAAAUGCAACGUUCGGUUCAUCCUCAUCACCACCACCACCACCAGAAUCAGUAUUUGCAUCCUUCAAACAACAUGUACCAUGAUGAUUCAAGUUGUGAUGAUUACUUAAUUCAUCACCAUGUCGGUCCGGAUUACCGACAGCUUAUCUGAUGACGGCGCAUUGACGGAAUUCGAUGGCAUUGCCCCCGGGAGUUAAACGAUGAACAUUAGGUGAAAUUUGAUGAACUCUAAUUAGUAAAAUGAAAUUCUUUUAGAGAGAGAAUUUCAUGAAACUUUUCAUUUCAUCUAAUUUUUUUUCUUAAUUGUAUGAGUUUAAUUCUUUUUCUUUUUGUUUUUUUAAUUUCCAUCUUUUAAGAACUUGUAGGAUUUUGAGGAUCCCAUGAAAUGGAGGGAAUUAGGAAGAUUAAUUGUAGUUGUAAUGUGUACUUUAUUUUCUCUAUUUUUUGCCAAUUAAAUUAGGCAAUUACUGCAAGUAAAUUUUUUGCAGUGUUUAGGAAAAUUUAAUGUUGUUAUUAUCCCUUUUUCGCCUUGUA